AUGGAUUUCGCUGUUGCUCUGAAGGGUGUUGACAGACGGGCUGUUUUGGCGAGCAUAGAUCAGCUGGGUUUUUUCCUGCUACUAGCAAGGGCAUCUUCUGCGAGAAUCGGACCUCGACUUAGGCCGUUGUGGCGUAGUCAAACGCCUGAAAGGCGUACUGCCCUUUCAGGCUUCAAGCUCACUGGAGACCAGCAUUCCCUGGUGAAGCCGGAUUUUUAA